GUCCUCAUGUACAGCGGUGAUAUUAUUAAGGCUACGUCAUAAAUCCCCAUUCUCCCUCGGACAGGAAGUGCUGAGCCAUGAGAGAAAUUGGGGCUAAUAAACAUGACUUCUGUUUCUUCGAGUUGUGGAUUUUGUGGUGCAAAAAAAGAGAAUUUGUCGAAGUGUUCUAGAUGUAAAUGUGUAUAUUACUGCAGUAAGGAAUGCCAAAAGUCGCACUGGAAAGCUCACAAGCCAAACUGUAAAACGACUUCUGAAAUCCCGGCAGCAAAUGAAAAGCUACAUAAGUUUCCGCAACCAGCCAGGAAAGAUUUGGACAGUAUAGCAAGAUUUGUCUGUAGUUCUUUGAAAACGAAGUAUUUCAGUGUUAUUAACGAUGUAUUUGUUGACGAGAAAGCUCUGGAUAUAUUGAACGAGGUGAAACAAUUGCACAAAUCGGGUGUCUUUCAAGAUGGACAACUGAGCGGUGGGAAGACGGCUUCGGACAGCGAGCAGAAAUUCACCGAGACAAAGAUACGAGGGGACAAGAUAACUUGGCUGGAAGGCAACGAAAAACACGCACCAAAUAUCGUUAAACUGAUAGAAUUUGUGGACACGUUAGUGAUCUGCUGUAACAAUCUCCCUGAUGGAAUGAGCGAGUACCGCAUCGAAGGUCGCGCCAAAGCUAUGGUGGCCUGUUACCCUGGCAACGGAACAGGGUACACCCGACAUGUGGACAACCCGGACGGGGAUGGGCGCUGCCUCACUGUUAUCUAUUAUCUCAACCAGGGGUGGGGUGAGGACAAUGGAGGAAAACUCAGAAUAUAUAGAGAAAAUGGACAUGUCGAUGUUGAACCAGUUCUCAAUAGGUUGCUAAUGUUUUGGUCUGACGGACGCAAUCCUCAUGAAGUCCUGCCGGCUUACUGCACAAGGUAUGCCAUCACUAUAUGGUAUUUUGACGCGGAAGAGAGGCGAAGAGCUAAAGAGCUUCACCGACAUAAUGUUUUGGAUGGUCUAGAGGCAGAGUUCGCUUUAAGAGAUGUUGAGGCCAAGAGAAGGGAAAGAGAUUUGGCAGAGGCGAAGCUCAAAGAGGAAUCGGAGAAAUUAGUGAAGCAGUUGUUGUCUGAAGAGGAUUUGGAGGCGCUUUCUGAUCUAGUGAAACAUCAUCUUAAUCCGUACCAGGUGCUCACUGAUCUGGGGAUUCAGCAGAGUGUACAGGAGGCUUUGUUGAAGUUACUGAAAGAACGGUGAAUAAAGUGCAAGUCUUUUGACUGAUGAGAGAAAAGGGUGUUUUAUUAAGGGCGGAAAGAUUAAUACGUAAUAAAAGAAGAAAGGACAAUUCAACAAGGAAGUGUACAGAAAAGGUUUUCAACAGCAACAUAGACAAGAGUUGUUUCACAAAAUGGAACUGCACCAGGAAAAGUUAUUGGUUUCAAGAAAAGAACAAAAGCCCGCGUAAAGUUUUAAAAAACUUCUCCUCAUCGUCACGCAACGCUUCCCACCACUAGUAGCUAUUAGUAGGAGGAAAAGUUGCGUGAUGACCCAAUUGAUCGCUGUGGGGGAGACUAGGAAAAAGUCUUCCCCUACACAGAGUGAAAGAUUUUCGUACUAAAAGUCGAUAGAACAUGCGUGAAGCAAAAAAGGUUCAAAUACCAUAGUAUAAGGUGGCAAACGAACAGUACGUGUCAGCGGUACUGUAUAGAGCGACCCUCUUCCAUCACUCUUCCACGGAUCUCUUUGUAGAUCAGUAAGGGGGAAAAAGCUAAGUUUUGCCGCAGCUGUACAGUUAUACUUAUGCGUUCUGUUCAUUGUUUCACUCCUACUUCUUGUAAAAGGGAGAGCGUUCAAAGCUUGUGCACUGUUUGUCUUCGGUACGUGGAGACGUUUAUCUUAUUUUCCUUAUUUACCUUAGCUUUGAGAAAUUUGCCCGCGAAGUUGGCAGUUCUACUUCAAACCAAUGAGAACAAACAUGCUGUUUUUUCAACCAAUCAGGAACAAACCUAAAUCGCCCGAUCGUGGCUUGAAUCUCGCGCCAAUUCCCGCGCUUGGCGUGUUUUGCACGUUUUUUGCUUCAAGCUCUGAUUGGUUUAUUGUCUUCGCUGUGUAUUUUGAUUGGUCAAGUCUGAUAACACUCGUUUUGGUUUUCGAAACCGCUCUGAAAAUUGAACGCGAUCUAAAAAAAUUAGCAUAAAUUUUAACCUUUUGACGCUGUUUAAACACCCUAAGGUAAAUCUUAUGCAAGAUAAGUGUGGAAAUACUGUACAAAAUGUCUUUCGCUCGGAUGUUUUUAAUGAGAAUUAUAGACUUUUUGUAAAUUAACGUACACUAUUUUGAAAAUACAGACUGAAAAUAUUAAAGCAAAUUCAUUUUUCAACACGAGAAAGAAAAGGUUUUCUUUUUGCCUUCGAAUAUGAAUCGCAUUACGAAAUUAUGCAAUUCUUUAAAUUUAAUGACCCACAACGCGAGGUGUGCAUCACAUAAUUAUUUUAAUCUAUCCCACAUAAUCCUUUUCAUUAAGCGUGGUUAAACAUUUUUCAUCAUAAACAGAUUACUGUUUCAAGUCUCGAUAGCUUCUUCGUCUUCAUCUGAUAAUGUUAGCUCAGGGGAAUUGCAAAGAAGUACCUCAAUCUCCUGCAACGAAACUCGCGAACCGGGCUGAGCUCGGCUAGAUAAAAAGUCCUCGCAUUUUUUCACCGCUGAUUUUCCGUGUAUGGCUUUAAAUAAAAAGCAAGCUUGUUCUUCGGUGAUCGUCCCUCGCUUUUCCCGAUCUAACAUUUCGAAUUCCCACUCCAAGUCGCGCAUUAGAAAGCUACGACGGUCGGUUUCAUUCAGCACGUCCAGAACCUCAUCCUUUAAACAUAAGUCACAGAAACAGACUGUUUCAAUCGCCGCUGUCACUUGGCGCAAACUGAUUGUAUUUCCAGGCCGCAGAUUGUGGUAAAUUUUCUGAAGUUCCGUAGCUGUUAUUCUUUCAAGUGUAGUACCGUUAGUUUCCAUAUAGGCAGACAACAAGCUUGCAAUUUCCUCGCUCUGUGACGACGAGACAGCCAUAGUUUACUCGUCCGUCUCGAAGAUAAAGUGGUUCAAACUGACAGGCUUGCAGUGGAAACACCUGUAUUUAUUUUCCUUGAGUCAUAUCCGGUUCAGUAAUUUAAAGCGCCCGAGCAUGUUUUUCAAGAAAGAUUGAAUUCAUUUCUCACUCUUUCGAUGUGUUUUUUCUAACAUAAGUUUCUUUUUCGAAAGUUUCUUAUCCAGUAAUGACUAAGACUAUUUAGCGAUUUGAAUAAAUGAAACCUCAUUAACGGCUUACACCAGUGGUGGUUGAAGUUACAAUAUUCAGUGAACAAACAUCUGCCCUUUCUGCAUUGUUAACGAGCGAGAAAACAAUACCCCAACCAGAAUCAUUUAUGACAGCAGCUAGCACACGAAAGAGUUUUUCAGGCAUAAUUUUGGGAGCCCAAACUUAACACCUCGCGUUGUUGUAGCGUCACUCAGUUUUGGAAACAAUAUUUUAAACUGACAGAAUUCUAAGAAAUACGUUUACGGCCUGCGAUUAGCAUGCAAUGUUUCUCCCCAGACCCUUUCUCACUUAUGUUAUCAGCUCUUCGGUAUCUAGUAAAGGGGGGUGGGGAGGGGGGGCGGUUGAACAAUUUCCAAGAGAAAUUCAUGCACACAGCAAAAACUGCACGUGCUUUCUUCUAUCCAGGUCCUAUGUUUUACUGAAAAAAAUAUAUUACUCAAGGUAUCACCCUCCAAAAAAAUUCAUGCACAACCUAAAUGUGGGAAAAAAUUUCAUGCCCCCAAAAAUAGCACCACCCUUCCCCCUCAAAAGAAAUAAUGGUCCGUCCCUAACUACUCUGCAAAUGAAAAUCAAAUCGCGAGAAAAAGCGCGGACAGAAAGACAGGCUGUCUAGUAGGCAGAGGCACUUCAGCGUUCUUCUGCGGCUGAAAUUCAGGAUCAGAACAGGAGCCCGUUUCUCGAAAGGCCCGGAAACGUUCUGGGCCCGCAAAGCCAUUUUCAGGCAAUCUGUAUCUAAAACCCGAGAGUUG